AUGAAUCCCCGCAAGAACAACCAUCGAACCAACCGAGCCGAAUCAGUUCAAUGUACAACGCCAGCUCAAAUUAAUUCAAAACGUUCAACGCCAACUGUGAACCCAUUCAAUAGUCAACGCAAACUUCAAGCUAAUUCAACAUGUUCAACAAAAACUUCGAGCCAAUUCAACAUGUUCAACGCCAACUCCAAACCAAUCAAUCAAUCCAACACAUCACUCAAGCACACAUCCGAAUCACAUUAA